GCGAGUGGAGGGACGUCGGCAUAAAGUCGUUGAUUGCUUUCUUCUUCAACUUGAGAAUUCGUUUGAAGAUUAAGUCCAGAGAACAAAACGGUGCGUUUCUUGAGUCAAUUUUUGAGUUCCUGGUCGGAGCCCUAAUUCGAUCACUUUCCGGCGAGAAUAUGGCCAUCGCCGGCCACCAGAAGCCGAGCUCCGACGCUAAGCUCUUCAGGCUUUGUCCCUUUUGGAGUUCGGGGAACAUUUCUUCGUCUUCCGCGUACAACAACCACUCAGAAGGGAACGCUCAAGGACCUUCUCCCAAAACGGUGUCGUCCGUCGCUAGGUCGCUACUCCCUCCCCGUCGUAGACUCCGUCUUGAUCCUUCAAGUUAUCUCUACUUUCCAUAUGAACCGGGCAAGCAGGUAAAGAGUGCUGUUCGAUUAAAAAACACUAGCAAGUCUCGUGUUGCUUUCAAGUUUCAAACUACGGCACCAAAGAGUUGUUACAUGCGGCCUCCUGGUGGUAUUCUUGCUCCUGGAGAAAGCUUGAUUGCAACCGUGUUUAAGUUUAUGGAGCAACCUGAAAACAAUGAAAAGUUGUCGGACCAGAAGAACAAGGUCAAGUUCAAAAUCAUGAGUCUCAAAGUGAAAGAAGGAGUGGACUAUGUACCUGAGCUGUUUGAUGAACAAAAGGAUCUUGUGACAGUUGAACGAAUCUUGAGGGUUGUAUUUAUAGAUCCGGAACGGUCAAGUCCUGCUCUGGAAAAACUGAAUAGACAGUUGGCUGAAGCUGAUGCUGCACUUGAAGCUCGGAAGAAGCCUCCUGCAGAGCCAGGACCUCGAGUUAUUGCUGAAGGUCUUGUAAUUGAUGAAUGGAAAGAAAGAAGGGAGAAGUACUUGGCCCGGCAACAAGUUCAAGCAGUAGAUUCAGUGUAAAAUGUAAUUUGUUCUUCCAGCUAGUGCUUUUCUUCAAGGGAAAAUAUAAUCAAGAUAUCAUUGAUAUGAUACUUUGGUUGCGCUCCAAGAGAACUGUUUGGGGAAUUGGUUGGCAUAACGCAUUCUGAUGGAAAGAUUGUCGUGUGAUUGAAAUGAUUGUCAAAAUUCUUGUUCUUUGGAGGAGCAGUCCGACUUGUACAUAGUAGAGUUUGUUAGUUUGUAAAAUAAAUGCGAGUCCUUACCACCAUGUGCUUGUGAAAUAUUGUUGUUGAAAUGACAGAUUGUUCACGAUAAUAUCAUUUUUUUGGUGCAUCCUUGUUGUGAUCAAACUUAAAUCAUCAUCGAAUUGUGUAGUAAACAAGUUCCUCUUAUUAAUU